ACAGGAACGACGUGUGUACGUGCUGACGUCACGGAGGUAUUAAGGGGCUGUGGUGACGCGCUUCCCCGGGCGAGUGUGUACGGCUACACUGCGGAGAAGAUGGCGGUGAGAGUGAUGCGCGGAGGAGACACCGGGAACCGGGGAGGACUAGGGGGGAACCCUGCAGUGCCGGCGGCCCGGGAGCACGUCCAGGCGGUCAGCAGGGAUUACCUGUCCCAGCCCAGGCUCACUUAUCGGACAGUAUCUGGAGUCAAUGGACCUCUGGUAAUCCUGGACAAUGUUAAGUUCCCCAGGUAUUCAGAAAUUGUAUAUCUGACUCUACCUGAUGGCGUCAAAAGAAGUGGGCAGGUGCUGGAGGUCAGCGGGUCCAAGGCGGUGGUACAGGUAUUUGAGGGAACUUCGGGUAUUGAUGCUAAGAAAACCUCUUGUGAAUUUUCUGGAGAUAUCCUGAGGACCCCCGUAUCUGAGGAUAUGCUGGGCCGAGUAUUUAACGGCUCAGGAAAGCCCAUUGACCGCGGGCCCACUGUCCUUGCUGAAGAUUACUUGGACAUCAUGGGGCAGCCCAUUAAUCCUCAGUGCAGAAUUUACCCUGAGGAGAUGAUCCAGACGGGUAUAUCUGCCAUUGAUGGCAUGAACAGUAUUGCCCGUGGGCAGAAAAUCCCCAUCUUCUCUGCUGCUGGUCUCCCCCAUAAUGAGAUUGCAGCCCAGAUCUGUCGUCAGGCCGGUCUAGUAAAGAAAUCCAAAGACGUGAUGGAUUACAGUGAAGACAACUUUGCCAUUGUGUUCGCUGCUAUGGGGGUGAACAUGGAGACAGCUAGGUUCUUCAAGUCAGAUUUUGAAGAGAAUGGUUCUAUGGACAAUGUGUGUCUCUUCUUGAACUUGGCCAAUGACCCCACCAUUGAACGUAUCAUCACUCCUCGUCUCGCCCUCACCACUGCAGAAUUCCUAGCCUAUCAGUGUGAGAAGCAUGUGCUGGUCAUCCUGACUGACAUGAGCUCCUAUGCUGAAGCCUUGAGAGAGGUGUCAGCCGCUCGAGAGGAGGUGCCUGGUAGAAGAGGCUUCCCAGGUUACAUGUACACGGAUUUGGCCACCAUAUAUGAGCGGGCCGGCAGAGUAGAGGGGAGGAACGGCUCCAUCACACAAAUCCCUAUUCUCACUAUGCCCAAUGAUGACAUCACCCAUCCCAUCCCUGACUUGACGGGAUACAUCACAGAGGGACAGAUCUAUGUAGACAGACAGCUACAUAACAGACAGAUCUAUCCUCCUAUUAAUGUGCUGCCCUCACUGUCCCGUCUGAUGAAAUCUGCCAUUGGUGAAGGGAUGACUAGGAAGGAUCACUCUGAUGUGUCUAACCAGCUGUAUGCCUGUUACGCUAUUGGAAAAGAUGUCCAAGCCAUGAAAGCUGUGGUGGGUGAAGAAGCUCUGACAUCUGAUGAUCUUCUUUACUUGGAGUUCCUGCAGAAGUUUGAGAAGAAUUUCAUUGCCCAAGGUCCAUAUGAUAACCGGACAGUGUUUGAGACCUUGGAUAUCGGCUGGCAACUACUCCGAAUCUUCCCCAAGGAGAUGCUGAAGAGAAUCCCAGCGAGCACCCUGGCAGAGUUCUACCCUCGAGACUCCUCGGCGAAGCACUGAGCUCCUCCUUCAUUCCUCAGCUCCACUUCCCUCAGUCUGUCAGGGACACCUGGAAAGGAGCAGGGCAG